AUGAAGGUUUCUGCAGUCAUGUUGAUCAAAAGGAUAUUGCUGUACCUUCUCCUGGUAAUGCUGGCUCAGAGCAUCUGUCAAGUUUACGGAUCUGAUGCCAGAGGUUGUUUACCCGAAAUUCAAGUUCAAAGACGCUCCCAGUACAAAGCUCAUGUUGGGGGCUCUUUGUCUAUAGAGUGUCCAGGCCAGUACUGCCAGACAAGGCCACUCGUGCAGUGGUGCAAGAUGGAAGGAGCUACAUGUGUGCAGCUGGAGAAGGGCAGAGCAGGAUGGAAGUCUGACUCUGUGUUCACCCUGGAGAUCUUCCCAGUCCAUCAGAACGACACUGGACGUUUGCGGUGUCAAGCAAAAGUGGGCAACUUGUCCAUUGAGAGCCAUGAAAUAAAGAUCAUUGUUGAAGAAAAGUCUAUAAACAUCACAGUUUCACCAGAAAAUACCACCAGCAUCUCAGAAGAGUCUCAACAAUCUGGAAACUACAACAUAUUGCACAUUAUUUAUGUCUCAGCACCCCUGGGUCUAUGUUGUCUGUUCAUCAUUGGAUGCAUGUUUUGGUGUCUAAAGAGGUGCCGCACAAAGCAAAAGAGAACUCCACUAACACAACAGAGACAAGAGAGCCUGGUCAGGAAUCCAGCAGCUGCUCUACCCUCUGGUGCUGGAACAACUCAAGCUUCAGAAGAAAGCCCCUCACUUCAUUGUUCCAUGGCCAGCCCACUACAGGCCUGGAAGGACAACACAAUUUAUGACAACACUGUCCCUCCCUGGAACACUCAGAGGAGAGCCCUUCAUUCACCCUGCAACACUCCUGGUGUUCCUUUCAUCCCAGUUUUACCUGAAAGCCCAGAUGUCAUCACAUACGCUGCACUAAACCAUUCUGCUGCUGCAGAAAGGUGCCAGAGAAGGGAACAAACCACAGUAAAUGAAGUUACAGAAUAUGCCUCCAUUAAUGUGCAUCGAUAA